AUGCCUACUCUUGAGGAAAUUAGUGACGAUGAUAUCGAUGAUAUCGAUAACAUGGAUUAUGAUCCUUCGGAUUUCGAUCCUAAAAACCCAUUUGCCAAGAGCAAUCCUGUCAAUGUCAGAUCUCCAUUUGGUGAACCUUCGCAGCCAGCUUCUUCUGCUGUAGCAGCUCCUGCUUCAGAAUCUCCUUCGGGCUCUGCUGCUGGCUCGGGAACUGCUUCUCCAUCUGGUCCAGAUCCUUCGCGACGUCCUGCAAAUUAUCCAACUGCUGGUGGCAUUCCUGUCAUUAAUAACACUGAAGACAUGGAUCAGUUCAAAACUUGGCAGGUCAUUUACCCAGUGUACUUUGAUGCUUCAAAAACUCAUGCUGAGGGACGACGGGUUUCUAAAGACCUGGCUGUAGAAAACCCAUUAGCUCAGACUAUUAUGGAUGCACUUCGAACUAUUGGCGUUCGAACUGUGUUCGAGAUCACUAAAGUCCAUCCCAAGGAUUGGGCCAAUCCUGGCCGUAUCAGAGUCCAGCUUCGCGACGGUACAAGCAGAGUCCCUAUCAAAAACAAACGUCAUUUAUAUAUUCUCAUCGGACAGUACCUCAAAAGCCAUCCGACUACCGAUAAGACUCCAUUAGAAUCUCCCGUGUACGCUUCUUUGGCCCAACAACAAGGUAUUCAAUUGCCCGAAAAGUCUGAGCCUUUAGCCAUCCCAACAGGCUGGAAAAUCAAUACAAUCCUUCCUCUGACCAGUCGAGCUCUUAGCGGAGGCGAAGCCACUGAUGAAAUGAUGUCUCAGAUGCAGAACCAGAUGUUCCCUGGUCUGAACAUGCCUGAUGUCAAACCUCCAAAGAAGAAGAUUAUUCGUGCUCGAUAG